AUGGAAACUAUGGAAGACAUUUUCUGUGAUGAACAACACUCCCUUGUGAUUAAGAAGAGUGGCCCAAAUGUUGUGAAACUGAAACCAUCGCGAAGAAUAAGUAAUGGACUUCCUUUCAUUAUACACGUAAAUGCUAUUAACAACACGCGGACAAAUAUCUUGUUGUAUCCCAAAGAGAAUAUCUGUGUGUUUCCAUACAAUUCUGUGAUAUACACACUGUCGUUCAUUGUGAAUAAAGUGUGUUACAACAACAUUAAAAUUGGACAAGAUUUUGUAUUGCUAGAUCAGCAGUGUAUAGUGCACAUUCACAAUUGUAUUAAUACUAUCGUCUUCUGUGCAGAUUUGGUCAUCACUAACACAACUGAUUUAAAACUCUUUUACUUCCCAGAGAAAUUUGUUUUCUUGAAGGGAGGACGACCAAUACAUCCAGUUGUUAUAACAGACAACACAAAAGAAUUGUUUAUUGGUGUUUCGACGUUAAGUGUCACACAAAUAGAUAAUGACAUGGAGCUUUAUAAUGACACCAAAGUGUACAAACUGACAUCACGAAAAAGAGUUUAUUAUGAAGAAAAGAGUAAUGAUAUUAUGUCUUAUCUUAUUGAAAUCACACACAAAUACGUGAUCAAAAAUAGCUCUGAAAACACAGAAAUCGUUGCGAUACAUUUCAGUGGAGAAACGCUCUUUUUAAAUAGUCGAGAGAGUAAACCUCUUGUUUUCGACCAGAAUAGAACAUCCCAAAUUAAGUUUGGUGUCUCGGGAGGUAACAACGACUUUGAAAUAUGUUGGAGUUCAUUGUUCGAUGUUGAAAAGGUCUUUCAAAAUGCGGCGAUGAUCGAAAUAAAUAAAACUGAUAAGACGAUAUCCACACAAUUGGAAGAUGGAAUUUUGGUACUCAAAGUGACUCAUAAAACUAUGAUGGAAGUCGUCAAUACAACAUCUUUGGUAUUUUCAUUUGAACAAUCCGGACAACCACAAAAGUUUUUGAUACUCCCAAACCAAAAACUUCCUUUAAAUUUGCCCGACCCAUUUGGGAAAAAAGCACUCAAAUUGGAGUACAACAACGAAGAAUGUGAAAUUCCUUUAACAAAAAAUGGGAAUUACAAAAUAGAAGGAAGUCCAGUGGUCUAUCUCUCGGUGACUACUUUGCCACUCGUCAUCGUGUUUGCAGAGACAAAAACGAAAAACCCAAACACAAAACUCUUUUCCUUGAAAACGCUUGACGUGCUCUUCAAGCCAAGUGUACACGUAUCAGACAUUUCUAUUACAAAAGAAGAACUCCCGAAAUUUUGCGCCAAACACAACCAACUCACAAAAUCAUAUUCUAAGCGUCACUCUCAAAAAUUAUUUAUUUACAAAUGCUCAGCAGAAAAAGUGAAUGUCGAAGUGGAUACCAUUGAUACACUCACAACUUUUAAUAAAGUCCAGGCAAGUUGCAUCGUUCAAGAUUGGACUGUUCUUUCCAUCGAAAUCGUCCCUCCACCUUUGGCUCUGCAAAUAACACAAAAAUUAAAAAAUGUUAUAUAUAACAAAAAUGACACGUUCGACGUAAAGAGUGUGAUAGCCAUUCCACCUCUUGUAAUGACUCCAUUCACUCUUUCUGUGUGUUUGAAAGACUUUUUCGACUUGAGGGGCAUCCAGUUUUCCUUCAGUUCGUUCAGUAGCGAUAAGUGUUCUUUGCCUCACUUUUUAGUGACGGUCUUCCAGUUCUACGAGUCGCAAGCUUAUGACCAAAUACCACGCGUUGCACGGUCUGCUCUUGUGGCCAACUUCCCAGUCGACGCUCUUCUGAAGUUGUUAUACUCAUUGUCUGCACACUAA